ACCCUUUGAAAAUGUCUUCACCCACCAGCUCCAAGUCCAAUCACCCCGCGGGAAUAUCACCUUUAGCUCCUGCCGGAAUCCUCGAAACGGCCGGAAUAAAGGUUUGCAUUGUUGGAACCGCGGCAUUAAGGCUCUUUGGAUCUGAUCUUGUCCUUGCCGAUCUCGACCUUGCGGUUGCCGACGAACAGUUUGACUCCGCGCUUUCCCUUCUCCACAGCUGUGGCUUUCAGGACAUCGACGCUGGUUGUUGGCGGGAGGCCGUUAUGCCAGUAUUGGGCGAACCCGGGGGUUGGGACUCUCGCCGACUGCUGUAUCCGCCAACGUCAGACAUAGUUGCGCUCACUCCUGCCAGCUGCUGGCAUCUUAACAUCAAUCCUGAUACAACCUUUCUCCUGGAGACCGAUCCGUAUCGAUUUCCACAUUUCGUUGCCUAUCUCGAAGGUAAUCCAGAAUCUAGGAGUCUACUAAAUAUUGUGGCUACUGACAUCGGGCGGGUACCGGCACAUAGCUCUAAUUAGGAUCCUCGAUACUCUUCGACCUAUUAGAGCGAAUUCGGUACUUGUUAGACACCACUACGCAGUAAUGGUGGAGCUUCUACAGCAACGGCCAGAGCUUAAAGAAAGGAUUUCACCGGGAGAUCAAUUUUUCAUAGACUUUGACAUGAAGCAGUUCAAACUGUCAGGCCACCUUAAGGUUCUGAAGUUGCGUAAGCGUAUCAUGGACGGUACUAUAUCGGUUGAAACUGCAAGGGAACUAGUACCAAGGCCUGAUUUGGCAAGAAAGCAGAUCAAAGAAAAGUACCUGCGCCUGCGAGCUGAGGCGGAAAAUAGCGAAAGGAACGUCCCUAUGACUUAAGGGGUGCAGCUUAAAGGGAGUAAGCGUGGUCAAAUGGGCGUUAUGGCACGUUGAGAUAUUGUAUAUUAUCGGGAACCUCUACUUUUCUUGCUAAUCAAAUUCCUGUACCUUAGCUAACUUUCCCCUCUUUAUGCUUUGCCAGCACGAGCGUGACUGAAGGGUGUACUUAGUCAGUGUUCCCAAGCGGCUGGCCUGGACCAUGGGUCAGCGUUCCGGCCAGUCCGGGUGUUGUUUUGAAAAGCUUGGGUCAACCUGGUUGCAGCUAUUCAAAGCCCCCAAAGCCCCGCAGCGCCCAGGCAACCGCCAGACCAGCAGCCCGAGUCAAGGCCACAAGAUGGCUAGGU